AUGGAAAAUUCAGACACCAAUGAUUCAGAAGUUUUCUUUUGGUUUCACAACCAAAGCCACAGCCAUAAGUUUCCUCCUUCUUGCUUCCCUCCGAGCUCUCACACUGCCUAUCAUGGAUCUAGCUCAAUGAGCAACAGUGAGCCUAACACGGUGGACGAAGAAGGCGUAUGUGAGAGCCACGUGUUGCGUGAAAUAACCAAGACACGGAAGUUGACACCAAUUCAAUUGCGUUUACUAGAGGAGAGUUUCGAAGAAGAUAAACGACUCGAACCAAAGAGGAAACUCUGGCUGGCCGAGAAGCUAGGGCUGAAGCCAAGCCAAGUCGCUGUCUGGUUCCAAAACAGAAGGGCUAGAUACAAGACAAAACAGCUUGAGCACGACUGUGACUCCCUUAAAGCUAGCUAUACUAAGCUUAAAACUGACUGGGACAUUCUCUAUUCACAAAACCAAACCCUCAAGAACAAGGUCUCCCUUCUCAAAGAGAAGCUGCGAAUGCAAGAGAAACUUGAAACACAGAAGCUUGGGGAAAACGGUAUCUCGAUGAAAAGCUAUAACACGCAGUACAGUGAGGAAGAAGAUGGUGUGGGAAAUCAAUACAGUUUCCCUGAGCUUGCAGCUCUUGGAUUUUAUUAUGAUCCAACCUUAACCUCAUCAAAUCUAAGGCUAUAAUAGUAUAAUAUGGCUGUAAUAGUAUAAUAUCUAUAUUCCGU